AUGGCGGCGCGGGGCGGCACUUCCGGGAAGGAGCGGCGGCGCUUCCGGGGCUCGCGCGGGUUCCGCUUCCGGAAAGAAGAAGAGCGGGAAGGGCUGAUCGAGCUGCACGGCUCCUUCCAGGAGCUGUUCGAGUUCUUCUGCAAGAACACCACGAUCCACGGCACGGUGCGCCUGGUGUGCUCGGGCAGCAACCGCAUGAAGACGGCGUUCUGGACGCUGCUGCUGCUGGCCAGCCUGGCCAUGCUCUACUGGCAGUUCGCCCUCAUGUUCAGCCAGUUCUGGGCCUACCCCGUGGUGCUCACCAUGUCCAUGCACUCCGAGCCGAAAAUGUUCCCGGCUGUCACCGUCUGCAACCUGGAUCCCUACAGGUUUGAGCUGGUGAGUGAGCACCUGGCGCAGCUGGACAGGAUGGCAGAGGAAUCCAUCACCUUCCUCUACGGCAUCAACACCUCGGCCAGGCUGUUCCACCUCAACGACGCCAAGGUCCACGUGCAGGCCCUGGCCAACCUCAGCAGCUCGGGCUUCAAACUCAGCCACAACUUCUCCCUCGUGAGGAUGUCCGACCUCAGGUCGGGGAAGAAACACUCCAGCGUGGGGUUCCGGCUGUGCAAUUCCACGGGUGGGAACUGCUUCUACAAGACCUAUUCCUCGGGCAUGGAUGCAAUCCUGGAGUGGUACCGCUUCCACUACGUGAACGUGAUGGCGCAGCUGCCGCUCAUCGUGGACAUCUCGGAGCACGAGGAGCACAUCGAGGACGUGGUGUACUCCUGCCAGUACGACGGCGAGCCCUGCAGGCCCAGUGAUUACGAUCACUUCCACCACCCGGUUUUUGGGAGCUGCUACACCUUUAACAGCAAGGGGACAGAUCCCUUCUGGACAGCCACGAAACCAGGAAUUCCUUACGGGCUGUCGCUGAUCCUGAGGGCCGAGCAGAAGGAUCACAUCCCGCUGCUCUCCACCGUGGCCGGGGUCAAGGUGAUGAUCCACAACCACAACCAGACGCCGUUCCUGGAGCACGAGGGCUUCGACAUCCGCCCGGGCAUCGCCACCACCAUCGGCAUCCAGCAGGACGAGGUGAAUCGCCUGGGUGGCAAUUACGGCAAAUGCACGCGGGACGGCGAGGACGUGGCCGUGAGGCUGCUCUACAACAGCUCCUACACCCUGCAGGCCUGCCUGCACUCGUGUUUCCAGCACACCAUGCUCCGGGAGUGUGGCUGUGGGUACCUGUACUACCCCCUGCCGCCCGGGGCGCAGCGCUGCGACUACAACAAACACCCGGCCUGGGGUCACUGCUUUUACCAGCUCUACAACCGGCUCAGGAAUCACCACCUGAAUUGUUUCCAGCAGUGCCCCAAACCCUGCAGGGAAUCCCUGUACAAGGUCUCGGCCGGCACGGCCAAGUGGCCCUCGGCAAAAUCCCAGGACUGGGUGCGCCAGGCUCUGCGGCACCAGAACGGGUACAACUCCACCAGCAGCAGGAGGGACAUUGCCAAGGUCACCAUCUUCUACCAGCAGCUGAACUACCAGGCCGUGCACGAGGCCCCGCUGCUCUCCGAGAACCUGCUGCUGUCCAGCAUGGGCAGCCAGUGGAGCCUGUGGUUCGGCUCCUCGGUGCUGUCGGUGGUGGAGAUGCUGGAGCUGCUCGUGGACGCCCUGGCCCUGGCCCUGCUCCUGCUGUGGCGCCGCCUGCGCGCCUGGAGGGGCCCCGGGAGCGCCCCCGGGACCGGCCCCGACCUGGAGAACCCCCGGGAGGAGAGGGGGAACCCCCGAGGUUCUGAAUCCAUCCCAGGGAUCGAUCUGGGGAACCCCCGGGAGGAGAUGGGGAACCCUGGAGCUCCUGGAUCCAUCCCAGGGAUCAUCCUGGAGAACCUCCGGGAACAGCAGGAGGGGAUGAGGAACUCUGGAUGUCCUGGAUCCAUCCCGGGGAUUACCCUGGAGAACCCCCAGGAGGAGAUGGGGAACCCCAAAUGUCCUGGAUCCAUCCCGGGGAUUACCCUGGAGAACCCCCAGGAGGAGAUGGGGAACCCCAAAUGUCCUGGAUCCAUCCCGGGGAUUACCCUGGAGAACCCCCGGGAGGAGAUGGGGAACACCCAGGAGGAGAUGGGGAACCCUGGAGCUCCUGGAUCCAUCCCAGGGAUCAUCCUGGAGAACCCCUGGGAGGAGAUGGGGAACCCCCGGGAGGAGAUGGACAAUCCCCAAGGUUCUGGAUCCAUCCCAGGGAUCAGCCUGGAGAACCCCCGGGAGGAGAUGGGGAACCCCAAAUGUCCUGGAUCCACUCCAGGGAUCACCCUGGAGAACCCCCGGGAACAGCAGAAGGGGAGGAGGAACUCUGGAGCUUCUGGAUCCAUCCCAGGGAUCAACCUGGACCUGGAGAACUCCUGGGAGGAGAUGGGGAACCCCAAACGUCCUGGAUCCAUCCCAGGGACCAGCCUGGACCUGGAGAAUUCCCGGGAUGAGAUGGGGAACCCUGGAGCUUCUGGAUCCACCCCAGGGACUAACCGGGACCUGGAGAACCCCCAGGAGCAGGAGGAGGGGAUGAGGACCUCUGGAUGUCCUGGAUCCAUCCCAGGGAUCGACCUGGCCCUGGAGAAUUUCCAGGAGGAGAUGAGGACCCCCAGAGGUUCUGGAUCCAUCCCAGGGACCAGCCUGGACCUGGAGAACCCCUGGGAGCAGCCCCGGGAAGGACAGGAGGGGAUGAGGUGCCCAGAGGUGCUGCUGGAGGGGUUUGGGAACAGCCGGGAGCGGGGUUUGGGUCAGGAGAGAGGAACUCAGGGGGGGUCGUGA